AUGUACGGUGUCGGUGGAUCAGGGGCGGGUUUUGCAGAGGUUUAUGCGAUGAAAAAGAUUUAUAAGGAAAAGAUAAAGAUGAAGCUUGCUGCGGCAGCAGCAGAAGAUGGGAAAGACAAUGUUGGAAAAAAGAUAAAAACCAAAGAAAUCAAGAAAUCCAAGAAGACCCGCCAGAAUAGUCCGAGGGUUUCCUCAGCGGAUAUCUAA